UUUUUUUCAAGAGAAGAGCAUCACCGAUCUAUACCUUCUUCACAUCUUGUAACCUGACGAUACUAGACAUGGCCGUGCUUAAUUCCAACCCGGAGAUUCUUCUUCGUAAAAGAAAGAACAACGACAGAAAAAGAUUGGAGAAACAAGAACAAGCUCAGCAACGAAGAUUGGACAGAGACAGUAAAAGAAAACAUAAUGCCUCUAACAAAUUCAUUAGGGCAGAGACCUUAAUUUCCAAUAAUAAGUCGAAUGAAUUAGAGAAUAAAAGAAUUUCCAAGAUAUUAAAGCAUGAAAAACAGAAGAAUGAACAGAUUUCAACUUCAAAAGAAGUUGAGCCAAAAUUACUUUUCAUAAUUAGAGUCCCCAACCAUAUCAAAGGUUUAAGAAUUCCUAAAAAGGCAAAUAACGUACUUGAAUUAUUACGUUUAACAAAACAAAACACUGGGGUUUUCGUUAAAGUUACUCCUGCUCUUUUACCGUUAUUGAAGUUGAUCAGUCCUUAUAUAGUUGCCGGGACUCCAUCUUUAAACUCCGUUCGUCAAUUGUUCAAUAAAAGAGCUAGUGUUACAAUUAUAGAUGAAAACGAAGCAAAUGAACAAGAUAAAUUAAAAUCAAUCAAAUUAAACAAUAAUCAAUUGGUUGAAGAUAAAUUCGGCGACGAUUUAGGAAUAAUCUGUAUCGAAGAUAUCAUUCACGAAAUCGCCACUUUAGGGGAGAAUUUCAAAGCCUUGAAUAACUGGUUAGACCCAUUCCACUUAUCAGCUCCAGUAUCUGGUUGGAAUGCUAUUUCAAAAUUACAUAGAAUUCAAUACGCCGAAGAACAUAAAAGAAAAAUCAGUAUGGCUGCCAAUGCCCAAUUACAAGAAAUCGAUAUCGACAAAUUCAUCGAAGAACAAAAUUAAACUCUAUGUAUAUUAAUUAAUAUAUUAUCUUUGUAUUCUCAC